AUGGGUUCUACCCAAGAGGUCAACAUGGGGGAGGCAGAUUCAUUUAUUUCUCUGACAGAUUUGUUCAUUCUGUCACUGGCCGGUGGUUUCGCUGUCUACUGGUUCAUUUUCAGAAACAGGAAGCAAGACACACCCACCUUUAAAAAGCUGACAGUUGCACCAGUGUUGGAGAGGUCAGAAUCCAGUGAUGCCACUUUCAUUACCAAAAUGAAGAAUACAAAUCGAAAUGUUGUGGUGUUCUAUGGGUCACAGACUGGGACUGCGGAGGAGUUUGCCACUCGCUUGGCUAAGGAUGCCUCCAGAUAUGGGAUGAAGGGCCUGGUGGCGGACCCAGAGGAGUGUGAUAUGGAAGACCUGGCCAAGCUGACUGACAUCAGCAACAGCCUGGCAAUCUUUUGUAUGGCCACGUAUGGGGAGGGAGACCCCACAGAUAAUGCCCAGGAAUUCCACGAGUUCCUGACAAACGGGAGUGUAGACCUUACUGGGAUCAAAUAUGCUGUGUUUGGGUUGGGAAAUAAAACCUACGAGCAUUACAACUCCAUGGGCCUCUUUGUGGACAAGCGACUUGAAGAGCUGGGGGCAGAGAGGGUCUUUGAGCUGGGCCUAGGGGAUGAUGAUGCUAACAUUGAGGAAGACUUUGUGAGCUGGAAGGAGAAGUUUUGGCCCGCUGUGUGUUCAUAUUUUGGUGUGGAAGCUACAGGAGAGAAUGUCAACACCCGGCAGUAUGCCUUGACUCUUAUCCCUGAAGAUUUCCCUAAGGAAAAGAUAUUUACUGGGGAGGUUGCACGAGUCGGCUCACUGCUCAACCAGAAACCGCCCUACGAUGUGAAGAACCCAUACCUGGCCCCGAUUUUAGUGAACCGAGAGCUGCACAAGGGAGGCGAUCGCUCAUGUAUGCAUAUAGAAUUGGACAUCACAGACUCUAAGAUCAGAUACGAGACAGGGGACCAUGUGGCCAUAUAUCCGGUCAAUGACUCUGAGAUUGUGGAGAAACUCGGCCAGAGGCUAGGUGCAGAUCUGGACACAUUGUUUAUGCUAACCAACAUUGAUGAGGAUGCCAGCAAAAAGCACCCAUUCCCAUGCCCUUGCACGUACAGAACGGCCCUGACACACUACAUUGACAUAACCCACCCUCCACGUACUCACGUACUGGGGGAGCUGGCGGAGUACACUGACAGCACAGAGGACAAGGAGUUCCUGCUGAAGAUGACUCAUGCAACAGAGGAAGGAAAGAAACUCUAUCAGGACUGGAUUCACAAUGAUCACAGAAACAUCCUAGCUGUGCUGGAGGACAUACCCUCUCUGAAGCCGCCCAUUGAUCACCUGUGUGAACUGUUGCCCCGACUACAGCCCAGGUUCUACUCCAUCUCCUCCUCCCCAAAGAUCCACCCCACCAGUAUCCACGUCACAGCCAUCCUGGUCAAGUACACCACACCUACCCAGCGGGUCUACAAGGGGGUUUGCACCAACUGGCUGGCAACUAUGAAGCCUGGUGCAGCUGGCGAACCUUUGCCCCGAGUGCCCAUUUAUGUCCGCAAGUCUCAGUUCCGUCUGCCAUACAAGCCGUCAACUCCUGUCAUUAUGAUUGGGCCUGGUACUGGAUUAGCUCCCUUCAGGGGUUUCAUACAAGAGAGGAGUUACUUUAAAGAAGAAGGUAAGCCUGUGGGAGACACAAUCCUCUACUUUGGCUGCCGCAACAAGUCAGUGGACUUUAUCUAUGAGGAAGAGUUAACCAAGUAUGUGGACACUGGGCUGCUGACCCUGCACGCAGCUUUCUCCCGAGACCAGGAACACAAAGUCUACGUCCAGCACCUGAUUGACCAGAAUCACGAUGAAAUCUGGAAUGUUCUCAACAACAGUGGCCACCUGUACAUUUGUGGCGACGCCAAGAACAUGGCCAGGGACGUGCAUGCCAUGCUGGUGAAGAUCCUCACAUCCAAGGGAAACAUGACCACCACCGAAGCCGAGGAUUACAUCAAGAAACUACAGUCAAAGGGCCGCUACUCUGCUGAUGUCUGGAGCUAA